AUGGUACUGUUGGUGCCGCGUCUACAGCUCUUGUAUCGUUCGUAUUUGCCAUCCUUAACUAUACCGAAAAUGGCAACAAAUGGAGAUGCAGUUAACGGACAUAAAGACGACUUGUCACCCUUGUCAAAUGGAGUAGCGUUAACCGAUCGUCUCCGAAUCCGUCCCACGCUGACGAAUGGAGCAGGAGGAGACGAGAAGUUCACCUUCAGUAAGGAGCCCACGUUGGAAGAAGUUCGCCGACUGCAAGCUGAGUUCACAGAUGAGCGGGAUUGGAACCAGUUUCAUCAACCCCGAAACCUGCUGCUGGCCCUGGUUGGAGAGGUGGGAGAGGUGUCCGAGCUCUUCCAGUGGCGAGGGGAAGUCGCCGAGGGCUUGCCCGGUUGGACCGACUCUGAGCGGGAGCAUCUCGGCCAGGAACUCAGUGAUGUUUUGAUCUAUCUGGUCGAAUUGGCGGAGAAAUGCCACGUCGACUUGCCACAAGCUGUCCUCCGAAAGAUGGCCCUGAACAGACUGAAAUACCCAGCGAGCAAAGUGCAGGGGUCCUCUAAAAAAUACACCGAAUAUACGGACUGAUAUGGACGUUUGUCUCGGUUCUUACUGACUGCUGGUCAAUUUUAUUUUCAGUUUCUGAGCUGCUAUUAGUUGUUUCGCAUUGCAUGUUACUUUAAGUGAGGUCUUUCUAACGGAUUUUUUUUAUUCAUCAAAUUUAUAUAUUAUUAUUGACUUAUCUGCAGAUCGUGUUGUGAUCCAAUCUAUAUUGAGGCAUCUUUAUCUAUGAUCAUUUGUAAAGUGGUGUUCAUCAUGGCUACAUCUAAAGUGAUGCAGUUUGGUCAUGUUUGCUGUGUUCAUUGUUUUCUUUUCUUUUUGGCUAACAUCGUGUAUGCUGUUCUGAUUUUACCUAACACUGAUGGUUUUCAAAGUAAAAGUAUCUUUGACUGUUCAA